UUUUGUAAUUUUUUCAGUAAAUUUUGAGUGAACUAAUGCUUUAUGUAAUUUAUGACUUAUAUUUUCGUAUAUUUAUAAGAUUUCACAUGUAAAUUUUAUAACCUAACAAUUAAAAUAUAAACAGCCUGUGAAACUAGAGUAAAUAUGUUUUCUACGAAAUUUUUACCAAAUACUUUAAAGGGAUUUCGAAGUUUACAGCCGUUUUUAAUUCAAACAAAUGCUCAAAGAUCAUAUAAAAGAUGGUUCGCUCCAACAUUAAUGGAAAUCAAAAGACGUAAAGAUAAUCUUGGCCCACAACCUCCAUCAAAAAGAUCAUCGUUUAUUGAAUGGAAUUAUAAUGCAGAAUUAUUUGCAUUUGGAAAACGUUUAAAUGAAAAUUUUGAUGAAAAUUUAUUAAAAAAUGCGUUUGUAAAUCGAUCUUUUAUUUUACAAGAAGAAGUGCGUCAACGUGAAGCUGGAGUCGAUAACCCAGAAGUGAAUUUAAUUGAUAAUCGUAAACUCAUUGAAAAUGGCGAAAAUUUUAUUUCAAAAAUUGUUAAGAAAUUUCUAGUAGAUAAUUUACCACAGUUUCCCGAAGAGGGUCGCAAUGCAGUACAUGAUUAUUUAUUAUCCGAAACAGUUUUAUCGAAUAUAUCGUUUCAUAUUGGUACCAAAGAUAUAAUUUUAUCAGCGGAGUUUCCACCUAAUGAAUCAACUUUGGCUGAUACGUUAAAGGCGGUUAUUGGAGCCUUAUUACAAUCAUCGGGAGAAGAACGCGCUGAAAAUUUUGUUAAAGAUUUUAUACUAACACAACUAAAUGGGAAAGAUGUAAAUGAUAUUUGGAGGGUAGACGAUCCUAUGGGUAUUUUACAAAAAUUACUAGCAGAACAAAAUCGAGGAGAACCAGAACCGAGAUUGUUAAAUGAAGCUGGAAAGAAUACUAUUUUAGCAUGUUUCGAAGUUGGAAUCUAUUCUGAUAAACAAUUGAUUGCUUCAGGAUUUGGAGAAAGCAUACAAAUUGCUAUUGAAGUUGCAGCUCGACAAUCAUUAAAAAAAAUAUUCAAAACUGAAGAUAAUUUAGCACCAUUUUCGUAUAAUACACCUCAAAGUAGCAUAUCGUUAAACCCCUAAUGUUAUUGUUCUUGUAAAUUUUAUUUCGUAAUUCUGUAAAAUAAAUUUAAAAAC